CGCGAUGGGCCGUCUACACGCAGCCAGAUGGCCACACAAACAUGGAUCGCUAUGAUGACAUCCGGCCUUUCGCCCAAAAUCGUGUUAAGCUACAGGUUCCUGAAAAUACUUCCGACUACGUCAACGCCUCCCCCAUCAUUUUGACAUCUCCGUCUCACCCAAGCCAACCUCCACUGCGCUAUAUCGCGAUGAAGGAACCUACUCGAGCAUCCAUUGACCAUGUCUGGCGCAUGGUUGCCGAGCAAACAUCAUCACCGGCAGUCAUUGUCCAAAUUUCAACCAUGGUUGAGGUGACGAUGAGCACUCUAUAUUUUCCUGAGAAUGAAGAACCUUGGAAUCUUAACAAAUCAAAUCUGUGGGGCGACGAUUGGAAAGCAAAACUUAGCGUUAUCUCUUCAGAGAUUGACAACGGCGGGACUGAAAAGUCUAAGCUAUUACUGCAUGUACAUGGAGAAGAGGAACCGCGGGUAGUCUGGCAUUAUCUCUACACGAGAUGGGACACCUAUUCUCCUUAUAGUUUGGAUCACCUGGGCGGCCUCGUGGAAGUAAUGAAGUCGUCGUGGCAACAUAAUUCGCCGUCUAAUCCGCGCAUUAUUCACUGCGACGACGGUAGUGGCCGGACAAGCGUGUUUAUUGCUCUUGAUCACCUUAUCAGAGAGCUAAACUUUGGAGCUCUUGCGAGCUACAAUCUGCCACAGGAGGGUGACGAUCCAGUUUAUAACACGGUUGAGAUCCUGUACCAGCAGCGCCAAAAUAUGGUGCAUCGCCAAGCUCAUUAUCUACUGCUCUAUGAAGCGAUGAAGAAGCUCUGGCAUGACAAGUACGGCGUUGUGGCUGAAGAAGGCUCUGGUGAAUCGGCGGCUUGGAGACGCGAGGAGUCGAGUCCUCGUGAGCAAUGCAUCGAUGGGGCCUAGAAACGCCUUGUUUGAACUUUAAAAUGUAACGAUAUUGAUGAAAUUCCUC